GGGCUGAUUAGGAACUACAGCUCCUGGGCUGGCCACGUCGGUGGCAGCCGCGGGGAAAGAGAGGAUCGCGGCUGGUGCCCCCGGCCGGGGGAGAAGAGCGCUCCUGGUCGGUGGCGAUGUUCCGUGCCGGCUUCCUGGGGUAGGGUAGCGAUUUAGACGGGCGCUUCCUCUGCGCACUCGCUCCCCUCGCCCUGCACCGGCCAUGCGCCCGGCCUUCGCGGUGGGCCUGGUGUUCGCCGGCUGCUGCAGUAAUGUGAUCUUCCUAGAGCUGCUGGCCCGGAAGCAUCCAGGAUGUGGGAACAUCGUGACAUUUGCACAAUUUUUAUUUAUUGCUGUGGAAGGCUUCCUCUUCGAAGCUGAUUUGGGAAGGAAGCCACCAGCUAUCCCAAUAAGGUUCUACGCCAUCAUGGUGACCAUGUUCUUCACUGUCAGCGUGGUGAACAACUACGCCUUGAACCUGAACAUCGCCAUGCCUCUGCACAUGAUAUUCAGAUCAGGCUCUCUGAUUGCCAACAUGAUUCUGGGAAUUAUCAUUUUGAAGAAAAGAUACAGUAUAUUCAAAUACACCUCCAUUGCCCUGGUGUCUGCAGGGAUAUUUAUUUGCACUUUCAUGUCAGCAAAGCAAGUGACUUCCCAGUCCAGCUCAAGUGAGAAUGAUGGAUUCCAGGCUUUCGCGUGGUGGUUACUAGGGAUCGGGGCACUGACUUUUGCUCUGCUGAUGUCAGCCAGGAUGGGCAUAUUCCAAGAGACUCUAUACAAACAAUUUGGGAAGCACUCCAAGGAGGCACUGUUUUAUAAUCACGCUCUCCCACUUCCUGGGUUCAUCUUCUUGGCCUCUGACAUUUAUGACCAUGCUCUUCUGUUCAAUAAGUCUGAACUCUAUCAAGUUCCGGUCGUCGGUGUGACCAUGCCCAUCAUGUGGUUCUACCUCCUCAUGAAUGUCAUCACACAGUACGUGUGCAUCCGGGGUGUGUUCAUCCUCACCACAGAAUGUGCCUCCCUCACUGUCACGCUGGUGGUGACUCUUCGCAAGUUUGUGAGCCUCAUCUUCUCCAUCUUGUACUUCCAGAACCCUUUCACUCUGUGGCACUGGUUGGGCACCUUGUUUGUCUUCAUUGGGACCUUAAUGUACACAGAGGUAUGGAACAACCUAGGGACCACGAGAGGUCAGCUGCAGAAAGCCGACAAGAAGAAGUGAGGUCUGCCGGGACCAGACAGACAGACUUGUUGUGUGAGGGAGGCCCCUGGCACAGGUCUGGCCACCAGUUCAGUUUGAUGCCGAAUUAGCCACAGUAUUGAACCAUAAACGCUCCAGAGAGCCACCUGAGGGACAAGACUUCUCCAGUCUCUCGUGGCUAUCCAGACAAUGUUUGUAGACGCCAAGUAGACGCCCCUCAACCCUGAAAUAGCAAAGAAAACAGGCUGGUUCUGCACUAUUGAGUGGCCUCUGCAUUUGCUUUUCUGUUUUGUUUGUGAGAACAUUCAGCACUGCACUUGUUUGUUGAACUCCCUGCCUCCAGAGUGAUUAGUUUUAUAUCCUUAGUCCCAGAGGAGACUGUGCCUUUGUUGCUGUUCCGAUGCCCUGCUGUGACAGCCACCUGGCUGUGUGCCUUCUCCCUCCUGUUGCCCCUCUACACCUCAGCAGCAUUCUGCAGUCCAUCAGACAUUCCAGACACCAUCAGUCAUGGAACAACCAAGUGGCCCAGUGAGCAGCGAGGCCUCAGGAGCCGUGGGCUCCAGCAUGUUGGGAGACAAGCAUUUGUCCCCACGGGCAGAGCCCUGGUGGUGUGUGAGCUAAAUGCCUGCGACUCUGGAGCAAACCGAAUACCCUCCUUUCUUGCAUUUUACUUUUGUUCCCAGCAAAAAAAAAAAAAAAAAAAAAGUCAGAUCUUUUACCACCCAUUGCUUUCUGUGCUUAGAACAAUGCUGAGGCUCUCAUGGCACAGCAUUAAUAAGAAAGGAAGGUUGUAAAUGGAUUAGGAAAGUGACUUUGCCCUCCCUCCUGCCCACAAAGCAUGGCUCAGUAUAGCUCAUCCUGAUCCGCACCCUGAGGCAGCUGUCCCUGUGAGUCCAGCCACACGGUCCCUUGCAAAUGCAUCCCAAAUGUGUGUGGGGUUAUCUGCACAAAGUUACGUGGCUUCAUAACCAAGGAGAUGCAGCUUGGCAGUUCUGAGCAUCACCAGCAAUGAGGCACUGGAUACGUAGUGGGUGUGAGUGUGAUGUGUCCAAUGUCAAGUACAUUGGAAGGUUACUCUUCCCACCCCCAUCAGGUAUCUUAAUGUUCUUGAUGGGUGUGGGUAAGAAAGUUGUAUGUGCUUUAUUACAUAUAAAAAUGUGGCUUUUGCUAGUCAUAUCAAAGUCUGGUUCUCCUCUCCUGACAGCCUGUCAGGAGAGCGUGUGGAGCUGUGUGUGUUCUCGCUGUGGGUGAAGAAGCUGUUGUUUCACUUCCACUUUCUUCAGUUAGUCUCAGGACCUUACCAGCUUCACCUGGCUACAUGCUCCCUCUGUAAGCAGCCAGACUCUUUUAGCAUGAGACCAAGGCCAUUCUGUUUUCUUUGUUGUUGCGUGCAGACUGUUCGUAAGUUAAAAUCUGACUUUCUGUGUCUUCUGGCUUGCUUCUCACUGUCCAAAGGUGGCCUUUGAUGGGUCUGAGAAGCAAUAGAAAAAGUGUCCUGAAUGAUGGGGUCACUUGGGAAGGGAGCUAAGCUGUCUGGCUCUUUUUGUUGCUACAUAAAAAAUAGAUAAGCCGGGCGUGGUGGCGCACGCCUUUAAUCCCAGCACUCGGAGGCAGAGAUAAGUGGAUCACCUUGAGUUCGAGGCCAUCCUGAGACUUCGUAGUGAAUUCCAGGUCAGCCUGGGCUAGAGUGAAACCCUACCUUGAAAAAACAAAAAACAAAAUAAUAAUAACACUUCUCCGUCUAAGUCCGUGGAUUUGUACACUGACCUGUUCUGGAUAUUGGCAGUUUCCCAUUGCCGGUAAAGGUGUUAUUCCCAAAGAUGUUGAAUUUGAUGUGAAGCUGUUUAUGGACCCAAAAGCUACUUACUUGAUUUGAACUAUGUGGUAUUCCUUGGACUGUUGGUGCUAUAAAUACCAAUUGUUAAAUUUCCCCUUUAAAAAAAUAACAAAAAAAGCUUGUUUUUCUUAUUGAUUAAUGGAAAAAUCUGCCCUAGAGUUCUCUGACAGCUGUAUCCUCACAACUCCUAGAGGGAUAUAACCACUUUUAUGUGUUGACAGGAAACAUCAUAAUUUGUAACUGAGAUGGUUUGGUAUAUACAGGCAGGAAUUAACUGGGACCAUUAAGUUUUAGAUUCUGGUUUAGAGUCUGUACGCCUCUCAUGAAUACCUGUGCCAGUCUCAUUAAUAAAGGAAAUGUAUGGACAGAGAAUGGAUUAGA